GCUGGAUGUUGCGCAAGAGCUGAAUUUGGAAGAAAAUCAGAAACCUCCCUCUGGAAAUACCCCUCGGACUGGAAAGUCUCAGAGGUCCUGGGGCCAGUGCUUGUGGGGGCGGUUCCUGCAGAGCUUAAGAAGAGCUGAGGACGGGGCUGGCGGGCAGAAGGAAACAGCCCCAGCCGGCGGCGUUCGCUCUCUGGAAGGAGGGAAGGAAGGAAAACCAGUCCUUGCUGCUGUCCUGUCCCGCUGCUGGCUGUGCAGGCGAUGGAACCGGCUCCUCUCCUCCUCCUCCUCGGCUUGCUGUGGGGCUGCAGUGGGCAACCUGCAGACAAGCUGGUGGUGGUGCCACAGGAGCUGGUGGUGCGGUACGGGGGCUCGGCACAGCUGAACUGCUCCCUGGCCUGCAUGGGGGGCACAGUGCAGUGGAAGGGGCUGGACACCAACCUGGGGACCAUCACCUCCUUCCCCACCCACAGCGUCCUGAACAUCAGCAGUGCUGUGGUCGCCAUGGAGGGCACCAAGAUCUGCCAGGGGACAUGCCAAGGGCAGCACUACCAGCGCACUGUCAACCUGAAGGUCUAUGCCCUCCCAGACACGCUGCAGCUGGAGGUGGGCCCCCGCGCCCUGAAGCCAGGGCAGCCCGCCAGACUGCGCUGCUCAGCCCAGAGGGUGUACCCGCUCGAGAAGCUGGCGCUCACCUGGUACCGGGGGGACCAAGAGCUGGAGGAGACAGGCUUCGAUGACACGGAGACUGAUGAACAGCUGUUUGACAUCGUGUCCACUCUGCUGGUGGCUGGGAAGGAGGUGGAAGAGGGGGUGGAGUUCAGGUGCAAGGUGAUGCUGAGCAUCGGGCAGGAGACCUUCACCCGGGUGGCAUCUGUGACCGUGAGUGCUGGAGCUGUGACAGAGCAGCCAGUGGCCACGGCCACCUCCACGGGGAGCCCCCAGACAGCGGCAGCUACAACAGGGAGCCCCAGCACAGCCGGGCCCACGACCACCACGGUGUUGCCCCCAGAGCUGAGUGUCUCCACACAUGACCCCACCACAGCCCAGACCACCACACCAUGGGAGCCCAACGCCAAGACCAUCCUGGAGCUGGCUGCUGCCACCGACUCCCCCUCCACAGAGCACCCUGUCACCCACGACCUCGUCACAGGCAGUCCCACGGCACGCCUGGCCACCACCACGCUCCCUGGCUCCGGCACCACGAGCCCCCUUGCUGAGGUGCAGGGGACAGCUGCGGACAGCACCAGCUGGGGGUCUCCCAGCGAGAAGGCGACAGGGCCAUCCGUGGGGACAGUGCCUGCCUGCAGCCUGCGGAUCUGGUCACUGCCUCCCAACGGGACACGGGGCAGGGCCCUGCACAUCAAGUGCCGCGCGUGGUGCGCCGGGAAUGCCACCAUCCACUGGCUGCACACCCCUGUGGCCCUCUCACAGUACCGGGAGGAGGUGGUGGGCAGCAGCUCCACGCUGUGGCUGGACCAUGCCGGGCCCCAGCACCAGGGCCACUACCAGUGCACCCUGCUCGGCCACCACUCCCAGGCGGUCAGUCUGCAGCUGACAGUCUUGGACGAUUCCUUCAGCUUGGGCCCUGCCAUUGCCAUGGGGACAACGGUCUCGCUGUUAGGACUCAUCAUGACUGGCAUCAUCUCUCGUUGCCUGUGGAAACGAUUCAGAUCUCAGGACCUGUACAAGCUGCCCUAGGAGUGGGAGCUGCCUACAGAUGCCCACAGCCCUCUGAACCAGUCCCUGCUGUCACCCUUUCUGCCCCUGGGACAACAAGCAGCUGAUGGAGCCCAGCGGAGCUGGUGGGGUAUGGGACGCUGCUGUGAGACCCAAGAGAAUAGCAGCCCCCACCCCAGGACAAGCACUCUGGGACCCAGAGACCUCCGAGCUGCUGCUGUCUUUGAAACCUUCACCUGGGCCUGAGGCUGCUGCUGCCCAGGAGCCGAGGGGCUUGUGAGGGAAAAGGCUGCGCUGCCCUGGGGGCCUCCAGGCACUGGGCUCCUGAGCACGUAGCCUGCUGCUCAGGGGAGCUCGUGUGUGAGUCCUGUGGGACAGAAGAGCCUCGGGGCUGCCUGCGGGACACCACGAGAGGGCAAGGUUGGAAGGAGGAUGAGCAGCGACGUCGCAGUGACAGGAAGAUCAGGAUGCUCCCUGGGGCUGAUCGUGUUGGGCCGGUGCUGCCGAGCGCCGGGCUGGGUCUGGUCCUCAGAGGCUCCCGGUACCCGUGCGGAUGGGCGGGAGGGCGAUGGCCGAGCGUCUGUCAUGAUGGAGGGGUCAGAAGCAGCCGUGGGCGGGGGGGGUACAUCCCCUGGGUGCAGGUAGAGGGGCGCAGUGCCUCGUGCCGCGGGGUGCUCCA